AUGAUCAUCUUGGAGCAGAACAACAGAAUCAUCAUCGAGCUUCUCGAGCAGAAGUUCGCAAAUGCGAAAGAAGGUGCGAAACCAGAAUCAGUCAACGUCACAUUCGCAGAUUUCGACGGUGUUCUGUAUAAAGUGUCGAAUCCGGAUGGUGUGAAGACAAGAAUCAUUCUCAGCAUUGCACUCAAAUUCUACACAGAACUUCAGCAACAUGGAGCCGAUGAUUUACUUCGAAGAAUCUACGGCGGACACAUGCGCGCGACACCCGAACCUGGAUUCAAUGUGACGCUGGAAUACGAUUUGAGUGCUCUGCCUGACAAUACGUCAGAAUUGGUGCAGAAGGCGUCGGCAUUGAAGCGAAACUGUUUCGCAUCGGUCUUCGAGAAGUAUUUCGAAUUCCAGGAGACUGGACAAGAAGGACACAAAAGGGCUGUGAUAAACUAUCGAGAGGAUGAGACAAUGUAUAUUGAAGCGAAGGCGGAUCGUGUCACCGUUAUCUUCAGUACAGUUUUCAAAGACGCCAAAUUUUCAAAAACGUGGAUUUUUUCCAGACACAAAGUGAAUCACAAUGGCCGAAAAUCCCGGUCACGAUGA